AUGGCUUAUAUGAGGCCUCGCCAAUUUGCGCCGUUGAAUCCGGAGAAGAAGAAGGCAGGGGACAAGCGACCUAUCCUGAAAGGCAUCGUUUUCGAUGUCGACGGGACACUGUGUCUUCCUCAAAACUACAUGUUCGCGGACAUGCGGUCUGCUCUCGGCAUUGAAAAAGGCACAGAUAUCCUAGACCAUAUCUACUCUCUGCCCGAUGGCAAGCAGGAACAAGCCCAAGAAAAGGUCCGAGACAUCGAGCGCACCGCAAUGAAGAAGCAGAAGCCACAAGCCGGUCUUGUUGAAUUGAUGGAGUACCUAGACUCACGAGGCCUGAAGAAAGGCAUCUGUACACGCAAUUUCGACGCGCCAGUCGAACACCUCCUAACUACGUUCCUGCCCUCGUCGGAGUUUAGCCCUGUCGUCACGCGCGAAUUUCGUCCCCCUAAACCAGACCCUGCUGGCAUCCUGCAUAUUGCCAAACAGUGGAUGCACGAAGACGGUGGUGACAGUCUGAUCAUGGUCGGCGACUCCAUCGAUGAUAUGACGGCCGGCUUCCGUGCAGGAGCCGCCACCGUGCUACUUGUCAAUGAUGUCAACAGGCAUCUUGCUGAGCACCGACACACGGAUCUGGUGGUAAACCAGCUCGACGACCUGAUCGAGAUCCUGGAGAAUGGCUUUGAAGGCAGAGUUGAGGCUGACCAAGGGGAUGUUGACGCAAAGGGUCUAGUGGAGGAAGCUACCAAGAAGAGCUGA